AUGGGACAUUGCACUGAUACCUGUCCUGAUUACUGCUGCACACUAAGAACAUUACCAAAGUUAACUAAACCUCACCCAGCUGCUUGUCCAGCAAUAUGCGCUACGAAAUGUCAACCAUUUUGUCUUAUACGUUGUUGCAAAGGAGGAGCAAAGCAGUUUAAUAUCGACCUAAAGAUUCCAGAGACGCAGAUGACAACAACACCAAGACCCUGCCCGACGAUCUGUUUCCAGACGUGUUUGCCUGAUUGUCCAAUCAGAUGCUGUCAAGAAUCGGGGGCACAAAAGCUCGGAUCCAUAGCGAGWMCUGAGUCCRAUGAYGAUGUGUGCCCAUCGUCGUGCAUAAAAGAGUGUGGACCGAAUUGUCCURUYAAAUGCUGUGCCGCACUUCCAAAACAGAUUUCAGUUCUUAUACAUAGCAAACAUASCAAACAUGGAUGUCCAAUCACAUGCUCCAAAUYUUGCAACCCCGAUUGCCCAMKUAGGUGUUGCUCUGGCAACCCAMAACRUGUGUCAAUCAUUGUGAAUMCURAUCCAAGUCUAAGUGGAUGCCCUUCUUCUUGCAGUCAAAGUUGUCUGCCUCCAUGCUCAACCAAGUGCUGCAACGGGGCAGAAAACCCCAAACCAGUUACUAUUAUCAUUGAUCCAGAAGGAAAAUCGUCAGCUUGCCCACCUUCUUGUGYGAAGAAUUGUGGCCCAGAUUGUCCUGUUAAGUGUUGUCCUGGAUACCUCACAACGUCUAACAACACAGGUGUUUCUACAAYGRCAUCUCAAUGUCCAAARAUUUGUYUUAACAAAUGUUUAGCAUUUUGUCCUAUAAAAUGCUGUAAAAAGAAAACUCCAUCGUGUCCUGUAGUGUGCUUCACAAACUGYAUCUCGUCUUGUCCUUUAAAGUGUUGUGCCAAGACGACAUCUAGCCAACCUAAUUGUCCACCGGGAUGUAAAGUGAGUUGUGAACCAUCCUGUCCACUAMGGUGCUGCACAGAUCUUGUAAUKYCAACAACCACACCUAGUACAAACGUGAAUGCCAUCACUUGUCCCACCAUCUGUGCAAUAACCUGCAAACCAUUUUGUCCAGUUAAGUGCUGCUCCRUGAUCAUGACUUCCAAACCAGGCCAGUUAAYUGYARGCCUAGCCUUUACUACAAAUGCUCCGUGUCCUGCAAUAUGUAAAGAAAUUUGCAAACCGRAYUGUCCARUWAUGUGUUGCMCUGGUUUAUUGUCUGCUACGGCUGGCCCAAUCAUCACUGUAACGACUCCAAGUACUUCUACAUGCUUACCGAUUUGCAUUCUAACAUGCCUGCCUACUUGUCCUGUCAAAUGUUGUCCAGCUAUCACUACACCCCAUGCACAACGUCCAACUAUGCUUAGUACCAAAUCAGAAUCAACUUGUCCYUCUUCCUGCGUUACCACGUGUCUACCAGAAUGUCCUAUCAAAUGCUGCCCUCAGCUACAAGCAGUUAAUGCAUACAAGACAACAGCUACGUGUCCACCGUCCUGCUCCGUGGUUUGCUUACCUAAGUGUCCAAUGCAUUGUUGUUCACCGGAAAAGUCAAAGGAAACUUUUCCAACUGUUGCUACAUUGCCAAAUAACAAGCCUUGUCCUCCAUCCUGUGCCAUCACAUGUCUUCCUAUGUGUCCUAACUUUAUAGUUCCAAUUCGAAGGAUCUCAGAGCACGAUCGGAGGUUUUGUGUCCUGCUGAAUGUCAAGUUAGAUGUACAAGAAACUGUCAUUCAUCAUGUUGUAACGACAAGAAUAGACCGGCAAGUUGUAAAAUACGGACAACGAGAGGGAACGUUCCAGAAGGCUCCUGCUGCGUGA